GAACAAUGCCCUGAGUGUUUCCUUUCCAGAAGAGAUAAAAAAAACCUGCACCGGUUAGACCAACCCGCACAUCCUUCAGCUUCAGAAACCUGAGGAGUGACAAAUCACAGCAAGUCAACCAGUGACAUUCCAGCCCCGAGAGCAGCAGCAGAAACCAGCUGCAUUACGCCCGAGUUCCUCCUGCCAUGGCGGAAGUAGGGAGUUAUAUAGGGGACAGUGCUGCUGAGGGCUGGACUCAGUGCCCAGGCUCGAGACAGAGGCUCUCCCUCAGAGGAGAUGGAGUGACCCGGCUCGAGCGGCCAGUCUCCUUACCUCUGCUGGAGGUUCCCUCAGAGAUGGCACCACAGAAGCUUACCAAGAGAACGGGGAGCAUUGAGCUAUUGGAGGCUAUUGGAGUCGUGAAAAAGGAUAAUGGUACCGGGAGCUUUUCUCUGCUGCCUGGGGCCCCUCAGUCAUUUGACUAUGUUCUAGUAGCCCAGAAAAACGAGGAUGGAGAUCACGAGAGCUUCAAGAAGCAGAGAGACUUUAUCAACGCUCUGAAGGACAAAAAACUAAAAAUAACGAAAAUUGUUGACGAGGACAGAGUUUUUUAUGGAAUUACUGCGCCAAAUGAGACCUUUGAGACGUACACAUAUCUGCUCAAAGUGUCUGAUGCCUGUAAUUGGAGCUGUGAGGAGCAGGGAAAAGUACCACAGUCCACCAGGAUACGGAUAGUUGAGUUCAUUGUGGAUCACACCUUCAUAGAAUCUUCCCAUUGUGGCGCAGAGUAUCUGUCAGACCUUAUCAAGAAGAAUGUUUUUGAGGCUCAGUUUUGUCUGCACGAGAAACAAGAACAAAAAGAACUGAAAAACAGUUGGGCUCGAUGGACGGCUUGUUUUAAUGGUCAGCCAAUAACUGAUGUAAGAACCUACUUUGGGGAGAAGGUGGCUCUGUAUUUCUUGUGGCUGGGAUGGUACACAUUUCUGUUGAUCCCUGCUGCCCUGGUUGGGGUCAUAGUCUUCCUUUACGGCCUGGCCUUCUUCAAAACCAGCCCACUCAUAAAAGAAGUGUGUCAGUCAAAUAUUGUCAUGUGCCCGCUGUGUGACAAGAAAUGCAAGGUCUGGCAGCUUUCUGACACCUGCAUAUAUGCAAAGUUGAGUAUCCUGUUUGACAAUGAGGGAACAGUCGCAUUUGCCAUGUUUAUGGCAGUCUGGGCUACUGUCUUUCUAGAGUUCUGGAAACGCCACAGAGCAUCAUAUGUCUCUGAAUGGAAAGUUUUUGAUUGGUGUGAAGAAGAGGAGGAGCUGAUUCUUCAGAUUGUGAACGAUGCCGAUUGUGAAUCCAAGAAGUACAGGCACUCCUACCUUCGUAGUACACUAGUGAUGAUUUUAGUGACACUUAUGUUGCUGCUCAUCAUUGGCCUUGCGCAUGCUCUGGUGGUGUUCAGAGUAAUUGCCAGUGUGCUGUUUGCCAAGCCCACUAACUGGUCAUUCCUGAGGGAAAACUCCAGUACAGUGGCUUUCUUGAUGGGAGCUGUGCUGCAUUACCUCACAAUAACCAUCAUGACUCGGGUCAAUCGCACAGUUGCGAUGAAGCUUUGUGAACUAGAGAAAGUUCGCUCCCAUGCAGCUGUUGAAAGAAGCUUCACAGUGAAGAUGUUUGUUUUUCAGUUCUUCACUCUCUUCUCCUCGCUCAUAUACACAGCAUUCUUUCUUGGCAGGAUAAACGGACACCCUGGUGGAUAUGUGCGUAUUGCUGGCAUCUGGAGGUUGGAGGAGUGUCACCCUAGUGGAUGUCUGACAGACCUGUUCAUUCAGAUGGCCGUCAUCCUCAUUCUCAAACAGACUAUCAAUAACGUGGUUGAGAUCGCUGGCCCCUGGUUUACACGCUGGCGGAAGAGGCUGCGGAGUCGGAAGCUGAGGCAAAAGGUCCGACAGUGUUCGAAGAGGGACUGUAUGGAGAGCACGCCAGGAGCUGAACUGUGUGACAACUGUAAAGUGAAGGACCUUCUGAGGAAUUUUGAUCUGGAAAAUGUGGACCACUUCAGCCUCUUCAAUGAGUUCCUGGAAAUGGUGCUACAGUUCAGUUUCACCACCAUCUUUGUGGCAGCAUUUCCUCUGGCCCCUCUGCUUGCUCUGCUCAACAACAUCAUCGAGAUCAGGCUGGAUGCUAUUAAGAUGGUCAGCCUGGAGCGCAGACUCAUACCCAGGAAGACUAAUGACAUCGGUAUUUGGACAGAUGUGCUGGAAACGAUUGGGGUGCUAGCAGUCAUCGCUAAUGGGCUGGUCAUUGGGAUAUCCUCUGAUUUUAUCCCUCGUCUGGUUUAUCGUUACCGCUAUGGUCCCUGUGCCAACUCUGAUGCUUCUGAUAUUGACUGUAUGUCAGGAUAUAUCAAUAACUCUCUGUCCAUUGCAAACAUCAGUGAUAAAAACAUCCAGAGAGACUUUCUCCCUGCCCAGUUUAUUUUAUCUAAUAGCAAUAGUGUGACAUACUGCAGCUAUAGAGAUUAUAGGAGUAAUGAGGACCAAAGUUUGACCAAUCAAUUUUGGGUCAUUCAGGCAGUCCGCUUUGCUUUUGUCGUCCUUUUUGAGCAUGUUGUGGUUAUGUUUAAGUUCAUAGCAGGGUGGUUUGUGCCUGGUUCUCCUCUGGAGGUGAGAAAUAACAGGCUGCAAGACAAACUCAACAGACUGAAGGAAGAACUGAGAGCUAAACGAAAAAGACAUAAAGAAAAAUCACAGGAUAAAUGACCAAGGCAUCAAAAGGAAGGCCAAAAUGGACACACACAAAACUGUUGUACAGUGUGUCAGCAUGAGAUCUGACCACUUAAAUGCUUGUUUUUAGAAACUCUGGUCAGGUUUCUACAGUUCUGUAAAAAAGGCUUGAAGCAGAAUGACUAUCUAUUGUGCACAACUGCAAACCUGCUGAAUGUUUACGUAUGCACAAUUUCAUGCACUUUCUAUAGAUCUAUUUUUACAACUGGAAAAAAAUGUCUGCUUUAGACCAAACCUGUGACCUUUUAUUUUGUGUCCUAAACACCUAUGUAUAUUUUUGUACUGUAAAUUGAAGAUUGUGUUUUAGUGUGUUUUAGUUGCAUUAAUUUUGUUUGCUUGUUUAUACUUAUUUACUGGAUAAAUACAGUAUAUAAAUACAUAUAUUUUAUACUUAUUUAAAAAAAAGAAAUAUCUUGACUAUGAUAGAAAUAUGACCUGUUUUUUGCAAGACUGAUUGGGUUUUUAAUAAAAUCUAAGUAACUAAAUCUAAGUAACUGUAAUAGUUGUAAUUUUUGUUGCUUGUGAAUUUUAAUCACUAGAGCUAUCAGUUGGGUAAUAAGUCUAAAUCAGUUCAGCUUGGUGCUGCUAACCUGUGCAGACUGUAGAUAAUAGAUAAUAGAUAAAUAUUACCCAGCUUUCAGAUGUGGGUAGUAAUGGAAUACACAAAACAGUGCAAAAUGAUCAGAAUCAAAAAGUUACAAUGAAAAGUAAGAAAGAAUUACAUUACAGCCUAAAAAUGGCCGCUACACUCUGUAUUUAGGAAAUGUGGUCCUGGUCUUGGUUAGUUGUGACUUUACUGACUCACAUGGAGCUAGAUAAGUGUAACAGCAACACCCAGUGGAGGUUCUUUAUCUUGCUAUCCCUGUAUGUCUGUAAAGUGCAUUCACUAAUGAAAUUCCAGAUAAGCUUAACCAUCUAUGGCAUAGUGUUGCUCUUGGCAACGAAUCAAUUUUUGGUUAUUACACCUUACCACGCCAUGCCUUAUUUAUUUAUUCACUUAUUUAUUUAACAAUUUAUCUAUUUUUAAUAUAAUGUCACGUGGCAUAUCUAUGUCCAUAGUAAUGAGGCGUACAUGUGUGUCUUAAAUUAAAAUAAAUUAUAUGUGCAACAAAAUGUAAC